UUGCUAUCAGUUUGAUUUUGUACAAGCUGCGGCGCGGUUGUGAGCAAAAUAACUAAGAAAAUCGUAGUAAAUAAUAUAUUUUAUAUCCAAUUCCGUUGGGGGAAUUCAUGUAGUGGCACACGGCAAUAUUUUGAUAUAAUGCAGUACCUCCUGCUCCUCCUGUGUGUCGGUGGCGCUCACCUGGCGCCACACGAGGAGUUGCACCUCUCCAAUUCAGAUAAAUGUGGAUAUGAUAGCUGCCAGGCUACGUCUCCUGAUAUGCUGAACGUCCAUAUAGUGCCGCACACACACGACGACGUCGGAUGGUUGAAAACUGUCGACCAAUAUUACUACGGAAGUAGAAACAAUAUUCAGAAGGCUGGCGUUCAGUAUAUUCUGGAUUCAGUCGUGAAAGAGCUUUGGGAAUCUCCUAAAAGAAGAUUCAUUUACGUAGAAACGGCAUUCUUCUGGAAAUGGUGGGUCCGUCAGCCCGUGAGUGUACAGCAGAAGGUCCAUGUCCUGGUGCGACAGGGACGCCUGCAGAUGGUUGGAGGAGCCUGGAGUAUGAAUGAUGAGGCGGCCUCCCACUACCAGAGCACCAUCGACCAGUUCACCUGGGGAUUGCGAAAACUAAAUCACACGUUCGGCCAAUGCGGCUGGCCGCACGUUGGGUGGCAAAUCGAUCCAUUCGGUCAUUCCCGGGAAUUCGCCAACCUGUUGUCUAUGAUGGGCUAUGACGGGCUAUUCCUCGGCAGGAUAGACUACCAAGAUAAAAGGUCUAGACUAUUAGGUAAAAAUAUGGAGAUGGUCUGGAGAGGAGACGAUAUUUUAGGCAAAUCAUCAGAUAUAUUUACUGGGGUACUCUACAAUACAUACUCUCCGCCUCCAGGCUUCUGUUUCGAUGUUUUAUGCUCAGAUGAACCGAUCAUAGAUGACGCUAGCUCACCGUUGUAUAAUGUUGAAACUAAGAUUCCAGUAUUUUUAGACUAUGUAAAGAAUCAGGCGAGGUAUUAUAAAACUAAGAAUGUUAUUGUCACUAUGGGUGGGGACUUUACGUACCAGGACGCCUCAAUGUGGUAUAUAAAUCUUGACAAAUUGAUAAAAUAUUCCAAUUUGAAAGCAGCUAGAGAUGGACUAAAUAUAUCAGUGUUCUAUUCGACACCCAAUUGUUAUUUAAAGGCGGUCAAAGAAGCUAACCCGACUCUGUCUACGAAGAAGGACGAUUUCUUCCCAUACGCCAGCGAUCCCACUGCUUAUUGGACUGGCUACUUCACCUCUAGACCUACAACUAAAUAUUUCGAGAGAGAGGGGAAUAAUUAUUUACAGUCAAUAAAACAGCUACAGGUGUUGUCCGAUUUAGACAAACAUAAUGAAUUUGUUCUGAACGAACUGAAAAGUGCUAUGGGUGUAAUGCAACAUCACGACGCUAUAACAGGAACGGAGAAGCAGCAUGUUACACAUGACUAUGAGAGACUAUUGAACCAGGCCAUCGAUGACGCAUUCAUUAUUGCCAAACAGGCAUUCAAUAAAAUGAUUGUAAAGGACAGUGCGAGGAAGCCGAUGUUUGACUUCCAAAGAUGUCGCCUGAACGAGUCUAGCUGUGAGGUUUCAGAAAACAGCAAUAAUUUUGUUGUAACUAUAUAUAAUCCUCUGGGUUGGUCUGUCAAGGAACCUAUUAGGAUACCAGUAGACGCUGGUACAUUCGAAGUCUUUGGACCAUCCGGCACAAUAGUAAAAACACAAAUGGUACCGUUGUCAGCGACAGUUAAAAACAUCCCAACACGUGUUUCAAGGGCGACACAAGAAAUUGUAUUUUUGACAGAAUUAAAACCACUAUCAUAUAAAACAUUCUAUAUCAAAAAGCAUUCCCGAACAAAACGUAGUUUCAAAUCGGAAUACGACUUCUAUUCAAAUAUAAACAAUAAUAUUUGGAACAAUGAACUAUCUAAAACUGAUUAUGAGAGAUAUCUAACUACUGAAUCGAUUGCAGAGCCCCCUAUUUAUUUAGAAGAGAUACCAAAUAUAUACGAUAAAGAUAUCAAUUUUGAUAUCUUGAAGGGCAAUCCUAAUGAUCCGAAUCCUGAACAGAAAAUGUUAGAUCUCGAAAAGAUUUUAGACAAUAGAAAGAAAAUAUAUAAAAUUCCCAAUGAUAAUGAAAAUAAAGACAUAUCACAUGAUAGCGAUCAAAAAAAUAUUGAUUUCGAAAAGAUUCUAGUAGCUAAUAGACAGAAAGUUAAGAAUAAUAAUAAUGAGGCUAACGUCGAUGCUUUGAAACCUAGGGUAAGUGAACACGAUCAAAAAAUGUUUGAACUAGAAAGAAUUUUGGUAGAAAAUACUAAGAAAAUUGAUAAUAAAGAACCAAAUUACGAUAUCUUAAAAGACGGGUCUAGUGAUACCAGGAAAAUGUUCGAUUAUGAAAAGAUCUCAGUCGAUGAUCGACAAAAAACAGAUAGCAAAGUCACCAAUGUACCUAACUACUAUAGUCUGAAAGAUGGAUUACGUGAAAACAACAAAAAAAUGCUUGAUCUUGAAAAACUAACAGCUGACAAUAGUAAGAAAAUUGAUAAAGGUAGCAACGACGCUAACUUCGAAGUGUUAAAAGAAAGGCUACAAAAUAAUUACGAAAGAAUACCUGAUUAUGAAAAAACGCCUUCUGAUGAUAGAAAGAAAACGGAUAAAGGUAAAACCGAACCGAAUCUAGAUGUUUUAAAAGACGGACCGAAUGACAAUGAUAAUCAAAAACUACUUGAUUUGGAGAAGAUUUUGGAUCAUGGAAAUAAUAAGAAAAUAGAUAACAAAGGCAAUAACGAUCCGAAACCGUUCAAUUAUCCAAGUAUGUUCAAUAUGGAUGAAUUGAGGAUGUUGGCUGAUGAUCCAAAUCGCGCUGUUAAGGACGAAGAGGAAAUAAUUAUUGGCAAUCAGCACUUCAAAUUAGAAGUGAACAAAGCAACUGGAAACAUCAAGAAGAUUAUAUUCCCAGAUCAUUCUAGUACCAACUUUUCUAUAAACAUGUAUUACUAUACCGGAACUUGUGGUGACAACCACGACAGUGCUCACAGGGCAUCGGGGGCCUAUAUAUUUAGACCAUCUUCAAAUUCUCCUGUAAAAUUGGAACCACUUAACACUGACAUCAUAAAAGGAGACAUUGUCCAAGAAAUUCGCAUUGAUCUAAAUCCCGCUGGUUAUCUUGACGUUAAAUUCUAUGAUGACCAUAAUUAUCUAGAAGUCGAAUGGGUUGUAGGACCUAUACCUAUUCUAGAUGAUACAGGCAAAGAAUAUAUAGUUAAAUAUGAAACGCACAUAGCUAAUAAGGGGAAAUUUUAUACAGACUCGAAUGGCAGACAGAUUCUCGAACGAUGCAGAGAUUUUCGCCCGCAAUGGAAUGUUAGUCUACAGGAGCCGGUGCCUGGCAAUUAUUAUCCAGUCACCAAUCAGAUAUAUAUAAAAAAUAGUAAAGAUUUUAGGAUGUCCGUCUUAACGGAUAGAUCGCAAGGUGGCAGUUCCAUGGUUGAUGGUGAAGUUGAGUUAAUGUUACAUAGAAGGUUGCUAUGUGACGAUGCUUUUGGUGUAGGGGAAGCUUUGAAUGAGACUGCGAAAGAUAAGGGGCUCGUUGUUAGGGGAAAGCAUAGGGUUUACAUCGGUACAAGUAAAGAUAAUCUCAAAAAGCAAGUUGUAGAAAUGCACCAACCUCCUAUUCUACUAUUCGCUGAUGCGACAAAUAUAAAAUAUGACGAUUGGCUCGCGAUGCACAACGAAUUCUCGUGGCUCGAAAGAGAUUUGCCUAAAGGCGUACAUCUUUUGACCUUAGAGCCAUGGGAUUCGAAACUUUUGAUUCGAUUAGAAAAUUACGUUGAGGACAAAAACGCAUCAGUCCAAGUUAAUUUACAAGAUUUGUUCAAGAAUAUUAAGAUUUUAAAGAUUGAAGAGAUGCUUUUAGCUGUUCACAGGCCAGUGAACGGUUAUAAAAAAUGGACGUGGAAUAUGCAAAGUGCUAAGACUGAAUCAGUUAAAGGUGCGAAAUCAAAUGAUUUAACUGUUACUGUAAAAGGCAAAGAAAUAAAGACGUUUUUAGCUGAUUUUGAGAUUAGGGAGCAUUCGACUCAAGUAAAAGCCACUAAUAGGAGCGUGGUAGGUCAGUAUGAAGUUACAACAGUUGUAUGAAAAACUAAUAAAAAUAUGUUUAAUGUUAAACGAUUCCAAUGCGCUCUAUUCUACCAAUCAAGCCCUUUCGUUUGAUAUCCAUAAUGGAGGUAGUUGUAGAACAUUCGAUUAUAUUGUAUGGCCAUCAAGUUUAAGAGUGUGUACCAAAUAUCAGAUCGAUCUGUCGUCAGGAAGGGGG